GUAAAAUGCACUUGCUAAAUUAAUUGGAGAAAUACUGUUUUUUUUUCGUUUAGAAUCAAAAUCCCAUAACGAGGGGUAGAAGGUACAUAGUGGGUAGCACUUCUGGCUGAAAGACGUUAGACAACGACCGUCGGGUUUAAGAAAAAACCAUGUCUUCUUCACCUCCGCAUUCCGGGUUCUCGGCAAUACCGACAUCUCGAAAUCUUACGCACCGAAAUAAUGGGUUCUGAUACUGAGUCCUGGAAGGCAAAAGCGGCAGCUAAAAGGGCCAAUACUCUUGCUAAGAUCUAUCCACAAUGGAGGCUAAGCCCGGGAGACAUCGAGAGAGCUUCGACACAACGGGAUCUUACUGGACCGUUCAUCCAACAAUUUCUCGACCAUGGGGAUAUAUCAAUCGUAUCGAUGGAUAGCCUGCCUAUCGUCAAUGCUAUCAAACAAGGGAGCCUUACUAGUCUCCAGGUAGCCACUGCGUUCUGCAAAGCUGCUGCGGUUGCACAUCAGAUUGGAAAUUGCUUGCAUGAAAUAUUCUUUGACGAAGCAUUGGAACGUGCUAAAGAACUUGAUGAGCACUACAAGAAACACGGGGCGACGAUUGGUCCGCUCCAUGGUCUACCAGUGAGCUUGAAGGAUCAAUUUCAUGUAAAGGGGCUUGAUACUACAGCUGGGUAUGUGGGUUAUAUCGGAAGCAACUUGGGUGUCAAGGACCCCAGCCGAGCUCACCAAGUGGAGAGUCAGAUUACUGCUGAAUUGCGGUCGCUGGGUGCCGUUCUCUAUUGCAAAACAAGUGUUCCGCAGACGCUCUUCUAUACAGAGACCCAGAAUCAUAUAAUCGGCGAGACCCUCAAUCCACAUAAUCAGAAUCUUACCUGUGGCGGUUCGUCUGGGGGCGAGGGUGCGUUGCUAGCCCUGAGAGGUAGUACACUAGGCGUCGGUGCUGAUAUAGGAGGAUCCGUGCGAAUUCCCGCCGCGUAUAACGGAGUCUUCGGCAUCAAGCCAACACCCGAGAGGUUCUCAUGUCGAGAUGUCGCGACUAGCAAUGCUGGACAAACCACCUAUCCGAUGGCAGUCGGGUUUCUAAGCACAUCAAUCGACGGCAUAGGACUGAUGCUGAAGUCCAUCCUGUCAACGCAGCCCUGGCUUCAGGAUCCUACUGUCGUUCCUAUUCCCUUUCGCCAAGACGUUGUCGAUGAAUACCUCCAGAGAACGAAUGCCGAUGGCACAGCUAAACAAGGUCAGAGGCCGUUGAAGCUAGGUAUCCUAUGGACUGAUGGAGUCGUGCAUCCUCAUCCCCCGGUUACUCGUAGUCUGCAUAUGGUCGUAGAUGCCGUCGAAAAGGCCGGGCAUAAGGUCAUCGACUGGGUGCCACCUUCACACGAGAAAGCAACGAAAAUUCACCUUUCUAUUAUAAGGGCAGACGGAGCUGGACAUGUCCACAGAGAUCUGAAGCUGUCCGGAGAGCCUCUGAUUCCCGCUCUCGACAACCGCGGCAUGAACCUUCGACCACCAAUGGACCUGCUGAAAUUCCAAGAUCUCGCUAGCCAGGGGCUCGACUUCGAAGCGCAAUAUUCGGAAUACUGGAAUUCUACCGCGAAAGAUGACGGCCAAAUCGUCGACGCGGUGAUAAUGCCUGUUGCGCCCCAUGCGGCAAACAUUCCCGGAAAACUCUAUCAUAUCGACUACACCGAAGCACUCAAUUUGCUGAACUACAGCGUAGCCGUGAUUCCCGUCACGAAAGUCGACAAGGUCCAAGAUCCGGUUAACGAUGAUUAUCGGCCUCUGAAUAAAAAGGACGAGAAGAAUUGGAAAGCCUACGACCCGGAAACGUAUCACGGAGGCCCGGUAGGUGUGCAGAUAGUAGCCAGGAAAUUCGAAGAGGAAAAAGUCUGGGCCAUUGCCAAGAUCGUAUAUGCAGCGCUCCAGAAGGUGGAAGAUGCUGGAUCGAACUCUCAAAGCGCCUCUGACGUCAAAAUUCCUGCGCGACUUUAGUAUUACGAGACUGAGAUAUCAAAUAAAUGGAUAAGUUACGCCCACGGGAUCGUUGUAAAUAUUGGGAUCCCUUCGGCACAUUUCAUGAUUCUUCGUCGUCGUACACUUCCUGCAGUUGGUAUUUUGAGGUGAGAAUGUUAUUUCAUCGUAACAAUUGACUCGCCCCAUACCUAUGGCAUAUGUGCUCCAAGGAGCCAUAACCUGCGUUUAUUUCAACAAAGGCCACAGGCAGCUGUCGCUAAAAAUGUGGCAUCUAUCUCCGGUCUGAUACCCGACACUGACACCUAGCUUCUUCAAAUGGAGGACCGUAAUCAGUUCUGUCAAUAUUAAUUCGCAUCGCAUUGGAUCUUUUCCCCGCAUCAUCUCGAAGAGCAUUAUUCCGUGGGGUUUCUAUUGGCUUCAGGUACAU